GCCAAUCAGAACCCAGGACUCUGCUCUUUAGCCCAGAGACUGCCCCUGAAAGCCGAUCACCACCUCUCCCCUCUUCAGAGCUUCUCGGAGCUUCCACUCUUAGUGAGAGUCAACUCUAAAACCACAAGACACUUCCUGCUCCAGGCUUUUUAAGCUAUCAGGGCUUUUGAGACCUCGCAUCAAAGAUGGCUCAGGCACCAACAGUCAUCGUGACUCAACCUGGAUUUGUCCGUGCUCCCCAAAAUUCCAACUGGCAGAGUAGCCUGUGUGAUUGCUUCAGCGACUGCGGAGUCUGCCUCUGUGGGACAUUUUGCUUUACAUGUCUUGGGUGUCAAGUGGCAGCUGACAUGAAUGAAUGCUGCUUGUGUGGGACAACGGUGGCAAUGAGGACUCUCUACCGAACCCGAUACGGCAUUCCCGGAUCUAUUUGUGAGGACUUUAUGGUCACCCUCUGCUGUCCUGUUUGCUCUCUGUGCCAAAUCAAGAGAGACAUUAACCGGAGGAGAGCCAUGAAUGCUUUCUAAGGAGCUGGUUGGUGAGAGCUCUCGCUGAAGCAGCUGAACUCUCCAGCUCGAGUCUCUCCAAAUCUUUUGCAAUUGAGAUGCGAUGGAUGGCAAGAUAAUUACAAGAUGAUGGCAUUUUAGAAAUAAAUUUUUGACUUAUUUUAAAUGGAUGUUGCUCUUUGACCUGGUUUCUCCUUGCUCCCUUAUCAGCAAAUAGUCCAGCUUAUAUGUUUUUUUACACUUUAAACACAAACCAAAUAAAAGAUUUUACUAAGAG